UUAUAUUAGUUGAAUAAAACAUCAUACUGAUGGAUGUAUUCCACUGUGACCGGUCAGUGACAUAACGCAAUACUGUUUUGUUUACAUCGUGUGCAGCGAAAACAGGAACACAAAAACCAACACCGCACACCAUGUGGGGAGCGAUGUUUACCCGGUUACGGUCCGCAUGCACCGCCACCACAGUGUCGUUCGCCCGUUCCAGCGAGCUGGUGGCACGGCUCGGGCCGACUUCACACUUCCACUCAUUAACGCAACCGGCCAAGCCUUCCCCACUCACCAACCAAUGCUCCCGGGAAGCGUUGGUCAACCCGGGCCAGCUGCUACUGACACCGCUACCGCCACUGCUCAACCUGGUGAGCGGGUUCAAGGUGAAGGGCCGGCUAAAGCGACGUUGCAAGGACUGCUACUUCGUGAUGCGGCAGGAGCGGCUGUACGUGAUUUGUAAAACGCAUCCGCGCCACAAGCAGAUGUCGAUGAAAAAGCAUGACCACAACACGUGGAUCCUGACGGACGCUACGCAGGGCAAAGCGAGGGCAUGGUAGCAAUCUGCGGGGCAGUCUUAAUAAAAGUUAAUAGUAGGAGUGUGUACGCGAAAUAAACCAUCAUUAAAAUGCAUAUAAGACAAA